UCGAGCAUGUGUAGAAGGGAGCAGCACUCGACUUAGUUCGAUACCGGACGCCGUGGCGUUCGGGCCGUCCCUGAACGCUCGUGACUAUCCUCUUGGACUUGGUCCUCGCUCCUCUUCUACGGCACGCGUGUCUUUGCUCGUCUCGCGUUCCUUCGAGUCUCAAAGAUACGCGAUCACGCACGGGAACCUAACUCUGUACACGGUUGUUCGCGAUAUGCGUAUUUUUAAAUUAUCUUCGACGUCGCGCAUCCCCUUCUGGUAUAUACGCAAGCAAAAGAAGAGGGAACAAUUCUUCCGCUGCCGUUCUUCCUCGCGAAAAGCUAAACGCUCAAUCUGAAGUGGAGAUACCCAUCCCGCCAUGGAGCGAGGAUACUGGGAGAAAUCGAGCACAGAGACAAAUAGAUACGGGUCAAUAGGCUAGCCAAAGCUGUGGAGGCAAGCGAGCUAGGGACCGAGCGGAAGACAGGGUUGGAGGCCCAUGGCCGGGAACUCUUUCAGUCGCCGGCUUUGGUCGUGGAUCUCGAUCGUGAUCCUGCUUGGAUGCGUACAUUUGUCCAGUACUCAGCAAGCACCGUGCAUUUCCUACUCGUCGAACGUAAGCGAAGUCGGCUACGAUCAACCAGAAACGGAAGUAACGAUUUUCCUAAGAGAACACUGCGACCAUGAAACCAGUGCCACGGAUAUACAAGACUUCUUGGAUCGAUCGAACUUCGACCUACAGAUCACCGUGAUACCCACGUCUCUGUCCUGCGAAACCAAGACCCGAGGCCUCGAUACUCUGUUGCGCGUACUCGGGCAGAGAAAAACCAGAGCCCUGGUAGCUGUCCUCGACUCCCCUAUGUGCGAAGUUACCUCUAAACUCGCGCAACUCUGGAACGUACCGCUAUUUACGUGGACGUGCCCUUUGAAAGACACAGAGGAAAGAGAAUUUUCCUCGAUCGUCAGAUUAUCACCGUCGCUGCCAACGAUAGCAAAAGCUCUGACAGCGAUGUUGAUGCGGCUACAAUGGAAGGCUGUAUCCCUGAUAGGAACGGAUCGUGAACCGUGGCUGAGCCUCGAGAGAGCCUUGUCGAACGCCCUCAGGAGCGUCGGAGCUAUAUUACGAUUUCGAGUGAUAUUACCAUACCGUGCAUCCCUCGAAGAAGUUCGAAGAAUUCUUCGUCCCACUUACAAUGUUUCUCGCAGAGUUACGGUACUAUGCCUACCAACUUCGAAUGGAAACGACGACGAAGACGACGACGACGACGACGACGACAACGUUUUAACGUCUCGUGUCCUCGGCGAGUUGGACAACGCGCAGUCCUCGAGUCCAGCGUGGAACUCUAUGAUCCUGAUCGUUCAUACGAAAGACGAUGGCCUCUUCCUGCCCAGAACGAACUCCUCGUUUUCUCAUCUAGAUCUCUCGCUAACGAGUUUUGCGACCACCAAUUUUUCCUCGUCGAACGUGUCCGACGAAACUUAUUCGCCUGUGACUAUCAGCAAUUACGAGGGGCAAACGGUGGAAAAACAGGAAGGACGAAAGUUACGACACCGACGGAGCGAACAAAGGGGGAAAAAUCGGUAUUCUCCGCCGACGAGUCUCAGUGUCGACUUCCUGGAGAAACUGCUGAUCGUAACUCCACUCGACCAUAGAUACGACGUAGAGAAAAUAUACAAUGGCACGGAACGACACUCGUUGCCGACAGUGUUCGAUCAUUUGAACGAAACCCUCAACGUCUUAACGUACGACAACUCGAGUAUAAACGCAUUCAACAACAAGAUAUACACGUACGUCUUAUUGGAUUGGCGUAUCAAUGCCUGGAAGCCCAUCAUGAUCGCCGCGGAACGACAAAGAAGAUUCUUCGUGCGGAAAUUAUCCACGAACGCUGUCGCGUUUCGCGAUUCGAAUAGCAUAGACGUUCCUAAAUGUAACGUGGACGUUGACGCUAACGAUGACAUCGAAUGCACGGGUAGAGACAGCCAAAAACCGAACUAUAUAGAGAAUUCUCCCAGCGAAACGGCGUUUCGUAUCGCACAUAUCGUGACCAUCGUUCUGGGAUCUCUGCUGCUGACCUUGUUCGCGAUAUUGAUCGCGAUCUUAAUUAGGAAAAAGCUGCUGAAGAAGAGAAUGUCCAAAGGUCCCUACAAGAUCAUUUUAACCACUUCAGACUUUGUAUUUCCUCAAGUGCCUCGAAUGGAUGCCAGAAGGGUAGACGAGGGUAUCGAGACGAUGUUGUGCUGUUGGUUGCAGCAACUGCAAGAGUUUGGAGGCCCCGAAGUAGAAAAACCAGAUCUGCUUCAACUAGGGAGCGUGUCAUCGUUGAGGCCCUAUCUACGAGCGAGCACGGGGAACUUGUCGCGUCAUAACUUAUUUAAAGACCCGCGCGCUAGAUAUAACGGUGACUUGGUGCAGCUGAAGGAGUUGCCGACCCAGGGCACGUUUGAGCUGAAAAACAAGGCCAUGGACGUGCUGGUCACGAUUCAUGGGCUGCGCCACGAGAAUUUGAAUCCCUUAAUCGGAUGUUUGAACGAACCCACGAGGCCGUGCCUAGUUUACGAAUACUGUUCGAGAGGAUCGCUGGAGGAUGUCCUGAUGCAGGACGAGAUCAAACUCGACUGGUCCUUCAGGCUAUCCUUACUUACCGAUCUCGUACGGGGUAUGAGGUAUCUUCACGGUACACCUGCGCGGGUACACGGUUAUCUCACUUCGAGGAACUGCGUCAUAGAUGCUCGCUGGGUCCUCAAAGUAACCGAUUAUGGACUACCUGCUUUUUACGAGGCGCAAAACAUCGUCUCACCUACGAAAACUGCUCGAGAUCUCUUGUGGACGGCACCAGAACUCUUGAGGCAUCCAAACAUGCGAAAGAAGGGCACUCAGGCGGGGGACGUUUACAGUUUUGGCAUUAUUAUGCAGGAAGUAGUGGUUCGUGGUGAACCAUUCUGCAUGCUUGCCUUGACGCCAGAGGACAUUAUCGAAAAAGUGAUGAAGCCGCCGCCAUUGAUUAGACCAUCGGUAAGCAAAGGCGCCGCGCCACCGGAAGCGAUAAACAUCAUGCGUCAAUGUUGGGCGGAAGCCGCCGACAUGAGGCCCGACUUCGACGACGUUCACGAUCUAUUCAAGAAACUCAAUCACGGAAGAAAAGUGAAUUUCGUGGACACGAUGUUCCAAAUGUUGGAGAAGUAUUCCAAUAACCUGGAAGAAUUGAUACGAGAGCGCACGGAGCAGUUGGACAUGGAGAAGAAGAAAACGGAACAACUCUUGAACCGAAUGUUACCCAGCUCGGUCGCUGAGAAAUUGAAGUUGGGAAUGCCCGUCGAUCCUGAGGAGUUUCGCGAAGUGACCAUCUACUUCUCAGACAUCGUUGGCUUCACGAGCAUUUCUGCUCAUUCGACACCGUUCCAAGUGGUCGAUCUUUUAAACGAUCUGUACACUUGUUUCGACGCCACCAUCAACGCGUACACCGUCUAUAAGGUGGAAACCAUAGGAGAUGCUUACAUGGUCGUGGGAGGCUGUCCAGUGAGAAUACCCGACCAUGCCUCUCAAAUCGCCACGAUGGCACUCGACUUGUUGCACCAAAGUGGUAAAUUCAAAUUGAGACACCUGCCAAGGACUCAGCUGAGACUUCGAAUCGGUCUUCACACCGGUCCAUGUUGCGCUGGCGUCGUUGGUUUAACGAUGCCAAGGUACUGUCUAUUUGGCGACACCGUUAACACCGCAUCGAGGAUGGAAUCGACGGGUGCUCCAUGGCGCAUACACUUGAGUCAAGCGACGAGGGAUCGGUUGUCUCAGGUUGGGGGAUAUCGAAUCGAGUACCGAGGCUCCACGGAAGUAAAGGGCAAAGGAAAGAUGCCUACCUACUGGUUACUGGGAAAACAAGGAUUCGACAAGGAACUGCCCAAGCCACCCCCGCUCGGAUUUUUAAUGCUUUUAUCUGUUGCCAUUCUGCCGCCAUCUUCAGGGAAAAACAAAGGAUGAACGAGAGUCUAAUCUUGGAGAAUUUGAGCACGGAAACCAUCGUGUCGCCGGAGGACGAGUCUUUGAGCAAGGAUAUGCCAGCCGAAGAGUCGACGGAUGAAAAAAGAUUGGACGAGAAUCCUAAA